AUGAAAACCGAUCCCUGCUCUGCUCUGCCGCUUGGUGCUGAUGACUCGGCAAAUCAGCGUCACGAGUUUGUACCUUGCCGACAGCUUUAUUUCAACCCAUUUUCACUCAUGAAUGAUUUUACAGUUGAGCCGAUCGACGAGCGACAGACGGCCGCCCAGCAGCAACAACAGAGCCGGCUCACGGAAGCGGGUCACGAGCUCCUGCAGGAGGAGUUGGGGCCCAUCAGUGACGACAAGCGACCGCGUCAUCAUCAUCACUACUACCCUCAGCAGCAGCAAAGAUGCCCAGAACAGGAGGAACCGGAGGAGGGGGCGGAGCCGACAAUCGAGGAAAGUCGGCAGUCCGUGGUGACUCUGGGCUCGCGCAGCGUUUGCCGGAUCUGCCACACGGACUCAUGGGCCAAGGAGCCCCUCAUCUCACCCUGCAGAUGCAAAGGAACCCUGGCGCACGUUCACCUAUCGUGCCUGGAGCGCUGGUUAAACCAGUCCUGCCGCAACUACUGCGAGCUCUGCAACUUCCGCUACGAGGCAGUCGAGACGCCGCGAUAUGGAUGGUUCGAGGCCCUGAGGAUAUGGAUCUAUCAUCCGAGCAAUCGCAGACAGAUUCAGGAGGACUUUCUCAUCUUCACCCUCAUCACUGUUUUCUCGCUCGGGCUCACUAGCGUCUGUCUGAUAGGUUAUACAAGGGCCGAAUAUUUGGUACUCGAUGGCGCAGACGUUGGAUACACCGAGCCCUGGACCAAAGCGUUUAUCAUACUCUUCAUGAUAAUCGUUAUUUUGGGAUACGCCACAUCCGUCUACUUUAUGAUAAAGAAUUUACAGUAUCUGCUUUCUGUUGCGCAAACAGUAAAAUCGCACUGGGAAGAUCAGAAGGAAAAAGUAAAAUUGAAGGCUCAGAGGCAAGCUGGAAGAGGGCUCAUGGUAAUUUAG